CCUCCUCCUCACCAAGUCUCCUCGUCUUUCCUCUUAGGGCUCUAUUCAUAGUUCGUACUUUCUCUGAAAUUUUGCCGGAAAAUCUUCGAGAAAAUGGACGGAAACUUAGAAAUCUCCCUGGAUAAGCUCCCAAUCAAACGCCUAGAAGCUAUUGAAGAAAACGGCGCCGAACGAUUCCCAUCUGAUGUUGGAUAUGAGGAGAAGAGAGUGAAUUUGAUUCGGAGAAUAGACUUUGCGUUUGCGCUGGAGAGAGAGGAGCCGAACAAAAAGCAGAAGAAGAGUACUUCUACAACGAAGGAGACGACGAGUACAACAACUCAGCCAUGGCCAUGGCAAAGCUUGGUCGAGAAUUUACAGUUGGCUCAUCAAGAGCUCUCUGUCAUUAUCGAUCUCAUCAACACCGUAAGCCAGUUGUAUUAUAUCCAAUUCACUGUUGUUUCCUAUAAUAUUUACACAGAGCACAGUCAGAUUGUCAAGAUGCAUUUGAAGAAUUAGAUUGAAGUUUGGUUUUUUUUUUGGAUUAGGGAAAAUUUUUGGCUUUCAAAUUGAAGUUGUUAUAUUAAUUUAAUUAGAAGAUUUUAGUUUCAAAUUUAUUAUUGAGGAAGGCAUUAAAGCGCUCAAAUUUGAAAUUUUGGGUUUAUGCUGGAUUCUGAAUUGGCUUAGCUUUCAAUUUGACUUUUAAUGUUACGUUGUAAGAGUGAAUUUUGGGGUUUAGAAAUGGAAAUAGGUAAAAAUUAGUCCAAAUUUUGAAUUGAUUUUUCCUUGAUUCCAGUUCUGGUGCCUCAAGCCCAAGCUACCAAAGACAGCGUCUGUAACAAGAUUUCAGUUGAAAAUUUUAAGGUUGUUCAUGCCGUAAUUUGCUGUGAGGAAUUCGUGGCUUGGAAAUCAAAUCAAAGACCUCUCGAAAUUUAUAUUAAGUUUUUCUUCAAUUCCAAUUUUACGGAUGAAUUCCAUGCUUCCAAACAUAAAACCUUUAUACAGUCCAUGGGUUUAGCAAAAAAAUGAAGUGGAAAUGAAAAAGAUAGGGGAAAGACAAAUUCACUUGUAACUCUCCUUGUUAAAUAAAUGUAGAAAUUGAGAAUUUCUCAAAUUGAAUGUGAGACCCUGAAAAAGAAAGUAUGGCGGGUUACAUGAUUUUCUGCAUAUCCUCUAUUCCCUUCCCCAGCUAAUCUGGUUAACAGAAGGGGCAAAGCAUUUUCUGCUUGUUGCUGGAUUGAUUUCCGUGCACAAAAUUAAAGGUUUUGGGGUUAGAAUUCUGAGUGGUAUGGCUGAUUCAAAUGUAGUCUCUCUAACUUGAAGAAUUCGAGGAAAUUUUGAAUUCAGUUGGAUUUUUCAAUUAGCUUUUGGUUUCAUUUUGAUUUAACGUAAAAGCUUUGAGAGGGAAAUUUUGAAUUCUGUGCAGGAUUUUGCCUGGUGAUUUUGGCCAAGUUUAUACUUGAUUUGACUUCAUUGUUGGGUCUUUGAGGUGAUACCGUGAUAACGUUAAGAAAGGGCACAAUGCUGAACAGAAUAGUUAAAGGAGAUUGAGCUCUUAUUUGUUGACUUCUAUUUUUCAUUUGCUUCUUUUAGGUGGAGGCUAAUGAUGCCGUGACAGUAGCUGGGAUGACAAGGCCAAAGCAAUUACCAAAUGAACUUCUGUCUGAUCUUGCGGUGUCCACGGCAACCAAGCUACAAUGCUUCAAGCAUCUUGGAAAAUAUUUUAAGCAAUCUGCCAAAUCAUUGGAACAACAAGUAGCUAGGGAAGCAAGGUUCUAUGGUGCUCUUAUCAGGUUGCAGCAAAAUUGGAAAGUUAAACGGCAUCGGCUGGUGGCUUCUGCUUCUGGCAAUGAGGGCUUCUACAUUGACUUAUUUGACAAUUCAUUAUUUGAUCCAGCAGCUGCCUUUCGCCCAUCUUCUAUAUCUACAGUUCGAAUUGAGCAUGACCCAGCUGGGAUGCUGGCUGUGAAUUUGCCUGCAAAUUCUCGUCGCACUCUUCAAUUUGAGCUUCUUGGUGCACAUUCAGUUCAUAAUGCAAGAAAAAUCAGCAAAGACAAAACUCGUGGCUCGGUUGAGGAUUUUUCCAGAAAAACAAAAAAAGAACUUGCGAGUGAUGAUGACUCUGUACGAGAAACACAUUCAGUCAUGCGUGAAGUUCAUCGAGCAAUCUUUCAUGAGCAGGUGUUUGAGUUGGUGAAUCGUGAAGCAUUCAACUCAUCUUUGGGUAUCAACGUGACUGGAAUACAAGAAAACUAUUUACGCUUAAGCAUACAUGAAGGAGCAUCUGUGUCCAUUUCACUUGUGCCAGCCAGACAGGAUGUUCAGAAAGUUGAUUGUGCAGGCACUGACAAUUUAGAAACUGCAAUUAUACCUCUGGAAACAUUUGAUGGCUCGAAGUUAGAAGAAGGAAAACAUGAUAUAAUAAAGAAGUCGGGGUUCCCUAAUCAAAUUAGUUAUGAAAUUUAUUUGCAACAAAUAUUUCAUGAAUAUGUGUUUAAAAGGGCAAAGGAGAGAUCAAUUUCUUCUGGUAUAACCCAGAUACAUGGUCAGCCAGUGAAGGAUGGGCUAAAUCCUUUGGGUCACUUUUGCAUGUCUCUUGCUCACAGUAUCUUUGCACGCAAAGUUCUUUCUGAGCUGGAAAGUAUGGUUUCCAGGGUACCAUAUGUCCAGUUGAUAUCUCAUCCCACUUGGCAUUCGCGGACAUCUUCAUGGACACUCUCCAUGAAGCUUCCUGAGUCCAUUCUUCAUGCAGGACGCCGAACUCAGACAUCUGACCCACACCAUGUGCAAAAUGUAAAGUCUCAUUUCCGAACUAAGGUUAUGGUAAAUGAUGAUUCCAUCAAUGUAGAAGGGGAAGGUGCUCCCAAUGUAAUUGGCCUGUUCAAAGGCAAGGCUGAGAAUGUAUGUUCCAUGAACAGAUAUGACUGUGAUUUGGCAGAUCUUCCUGUGAUACUUCUCCAGCAGGUUGCAAGCCAAGUUAUUCGAUGGCUUCAUGAGCAAGCUCUUAUGGUGGGAAUAAAAGCCAACCGGGACUUUUUAUGCUUGUCCUUUGAGUUGGAGCAAGGAGAAAUGCUUGGCCUGGUGGCACAUGUGAACCCGGAAGAUACCCAAGGGUGCAUCUCCUGGUGGUUGGUGGUGGAGGAUGGAUUUACAGAGGAACAAAAACUGACAGACAUUUCUGAUGGCGGUUCCGAAACUCGGAAAUUCUUGGGUUAUUUAUCUUUGGAUGUGUUGUAUUCUACGCUACUUGACUUGAUUAACCUGUGCAGUGCUGGUGGGAUCCAUUGAUUGUAAAUUUUUGUUGCAUUCGUCAAUGGAAAAGAUUGGCGGUGUGACACACCACCUUGUUUGUAAUCUUAGUUGCAAUAUACUAGUUUGUUAUUGAGGUUCAUUGCUUAGAUUAUC